CUCUGCUCCCAGCGCUUGCAGCUCCACCCCGUCGUGUUUCACGUCGUGCCUCGACGAAAAUAGCUCGUCGUACAGCCUGUAGACGGGCAAGCCGCAUGCCCGUCCCUGGCGCCUCUUCGAGCGCUGCCUGCCACUCGGCGCUUUCACCAUGGCUAUUCUGGGACAUGGGCGCGUACGGCGAAAUGCGACGUCUUCGCCCUUGGGUGGAUAUGGCCCGCGGGCUCUCCAAGACAUAUAGGACUGAGAUUCUUCAGGCUCGCGGAUAUUUCUGCUGCUGAAAAUCUGUUCGUCUAUUCAUUCAUUCCUUUCUUUGACGGCCCUAGAAAGCUCGCUUUCUUGCUACCUUUCUUUCCUUGUAUUGAUUGCCCAUUGUCCAUUGUGUCAUAGGCGCAGCUUUAGCUAUAUAUCCGUCUGCAAACAUAGAUUUAUUUCAUUUUGCAUGCAUACUAGAACAUUUUGGUUUCUUUUCAGAACACCAUGGCGAAAUACACGGUCUUCACUGUGUUCGUCGUACAACAAUUAGGCUGGUCCCCGUUGACUGUGGCUGCAUCUGAUCUCUUUUCGAGAGCAGAUUCUUCCUCUUGCGCAAGCUCUUACUCUCAGUGUGGAAGUGCGUAUCCUGCAGAUUUCUGUUGUCCAUCCAACACAAGUUGCCUGGGAGUGGAUAGCAACUCUACUGUGGUCUGUUGUCCCUCAGGUAGUGACUGUUCCUACAUCCAGCCUGUUCUCUGCAAUAUCCAAGCACAGAAUGCCACUGCUGAUCCGACUGCCACUAUCAAAACUACUCGAUUGUCUGGUGCCUUAUCAUCCUGCGGCGAGGCGUGCUGCCCAUUCGGCUAUUCUUGUGCAAAUAACAAUACCUGUGUGCUCGAGACAUCCACUUCAUCAGCAGCGUCAGCCUCGGCUUCAGGGUCUAGUUCAACCGUGGCUCCAUCUACCCUUUCAACAAGUAUAUCCGCUGCCACUGCAACUCUUUCUCUCACAGCACCCUCUUCAAUAGCCACCAGUACGGCCUCUUCGGCUCUCUCGUCCAGCUCUACGCAAGCACAGGUAGCUGCUACCUGCCAGGAUUUCCCGGCCAAGGCUAUCGCUGCAGGCUUCUUUCCGGGUCUGAUAAGUGGCGCCCUUGCAGCUGCAAUCAUUGUGAUGUGCCGAAGGAGAAAUAAAGUAGAAGAGAACAUAAAGCAACAAAAACAACAACAGAUGCGACAUCGCUCUUCCGGAGGACCCUCUCUAGAAAUCUCAGAUCCUAUUCCCGCCGAUGAAAACAGUUCUUUCCGCACUGACUUUCUCCUUCAAAGGUUUAGCGGGCGGUACCCAAGUAACCAUCGCUCCAAGUCAGUGCUACGAAGGACUGGAACCAGAGUGAAAAGCUUACUUGGUUCAAGUCAUCCCGGCGAGAGUCCUCGCUGGGAUAGUGCCAGUCCCCCUCCAAUACCCACACACAUACCGGUCACACCUCCGCAACAGACUGACCAGCCUCCUUUUCCUGCGCGCCAGCCUAGUACAGAAAGCAUAAAGGUGUAUUCUCCUCCUAAUAUGUUGGCUGCGAAUCCUGCGUUGAGACCUGGCGCUGCUCGCACUAUUCAACAAGAGCGGCCUAAUACUACAUUUAGCGAAGUGAUGGAAAAGGUUGGAUUUCAGAAUGCCAAUGGAGAUCCUUACUACAGGGUGACGGAAACUCCGGCGCCGCCGGGGAACAUUCCACCGAAAAUCGUUUGAUAUUCUACUACAUGCCUGUAUAGUUUCUUUAUUUUGUCCCAUGUUACAGAUAACUGCUGGACGGUACCUGGGGAGGAAAGAGCGCAUCAUAUAAUAAGCAAGUAGAACCUAGUAUUGCAUAUAAUUCACCUAAUAUUUAUAGU